UCAAUGCGAGUAAAUGGGAAAGUUUGAAUUCGAUCGAUAAUAAAUAAUAAUAAUGUCCAUAAAAUAGUGCAAAUUCUUAUCAUAUUGACGGAUUUAUGCCUUCAAGUUACCAAAUAAAACAUUACUACCUUGUGUUAUUUUAUCUGACUUGUGUUUGCGCUGAAACUAUGACGGUGUAGGCGUAAAUAAAUAUUUUUUCGCAUGACCGACUUUAUUCACCGGAAAUGUAUGUUUUGGCCUCGGAAUUAUCUGAAAUCUAUUGAACAUGGACCUCAGUCCUGAUGAAGAUAACUUCCAGGGUCGUCUGCUUCACCAGGCCGCACUGUGGGACAAUGUGGAACUUCUUCAAGAGCUCCUCGCUAACGGAGCGGACGUCAAUGCACGGGAUGCCUUGAACCGGACAGCUUUACAUGCGGCUGCCCUGGCUGAGCGCAGCAGCUGCUUGAAGGCGCUGUGUGCGGCUGGCGCGGAUAUUGAUGCUGUUAGCUCACCGGCUAAUGGGGGGAAGACGGCGCUGCACAUAGCGGCUGAGCGCGGCCACGUGGAGAACACCCGGGUGCUGCUGGCGCGCGGCGCGUGUCCGACUGACGGCGACGGCAGCGGGGACUCGGCGCUGGCGCUGGCGGAGCGGGGCGCGCACCGCAAGACCGCCGCGCUGCUCCGGGAGAGGAGAGAUGCCAUCGAGCGCGAGCGCCUCUCCCUCCACCAGCAGCUCCGAGACGUGGUCUCCUCGGGCGACGCGGCGCAGCUGAAGGGGCGGCUGGCGGCGCUGGGCCGGCAGGCGGGGCUCGUCGUCAACAUGACGCCCGGCGGCGCCAACACGCUGCUCUACAUAGCUGCAGAACUAGGCAACGCACAAGCGGUCUCCUACCUCCUGGCGGACGGCGCCGACGGCCGAGCGCACCCGAUCACGAACUACUGCCCCCUGUAUAUAGCGUGCUACAGGGGUCACGUGGAUGUCGCCGCCUUGCUGCUGGCUUACUUUCCUACUGCCGCUCAGCAAGAGACGGUAGAGAAAUGGCUGCCGCUCCACGCCGCCUGCAUCGGCGGACAUCCGUCCAUAGUCAACCUGCUGUUAAACUACUCUUAUCCAGAGUCUAUGCUGAAUACUUAUAAAGACCCUAAGGGCCGACGCUACCGCGCGGCUUUCGACAUAAACGCGCGCGACGUGAGCGGUCAGACCGCGCUGUACGUGGCGUGCACGAUGGGGAACGCAGAGUUAGUGGAGGCCCUUACGUCGCACACUGUCCCGUGUUUACAGGAGGAGGGCUCCCCAGCGGCGGCGGCGGCGUCCCCCACCAGGGCCGGUAUAUCCAUGGGUAUACACGCCAUCGUCACGCGACUGACUGGCCUUACGAAUAAUACUAAACAUGAUGAAGAGAACAGAGUAAAACCAAUUCGAGUGGACCUCGGGCGUCCGGGCGACUGCUGCCUGGCCGCCGCCAUCAGGGGGGGUCACGUGAGGGUGGUCAAGAUCCUGCUGGCCAACGGAGCGGACCCGGAUGGACCCGCCCAGCCGCCGGAUAAAGUGCUAACAAACAUAGACUCGGAGCGCGAGUCCCGGCGCCGGCCGCGGCACUCGUCCGCGUUUCCGGGACGCAGCUCCACCUCGCCCUCCCCGGCCCGGAGCAGCUAUAGUAGCGACCGCGACAUCCCCUGGACCCCGCUCUCCAUAGCAGCCCACAAUAAGAGUGUCCAACUAAUAGACAUGUUGUUGGCGCGAGGGGCGUCCGACGCCCAGUGCGCGGCGCUGCGGGAGUGCGCGCGGCACCGCUUGGAGCCCUGUGUCGCCAGCUUGCUGGCCACUAAGGCCUUCCCCGACCCAGACUACAAGAUAAACAAAGCAGUAAUAACUGAGACAGUGUUCAAGGAUCGUCGGGACUCCUCACUCACGUACAACUCUCUCUGUCCCACCACGCCGGUCACGCUGAACUGGCGAGAGCUGAGGUGCUCUAUGGCUAAGAUACGCAUGAACUGGAUCCAACAAGCGGCCCUCCACGUGAACCCCAAGCUCGGCAGCGCCGCUAGCGCCCUCUACGCCAUCACUCGCAUAGACGUGUCCAAUAACGAACUACGGAUACUGCCGCCAGAGCUGUUUGUACUGAAGAGUUUGAGGUACCUAAACGCAGCACAAAACAAGCUAGAACGCCUGCCUACCCUCUCGGAGCCCUUUGAAGAAGACAUAGAGGCGAGCAAGACGCGUCGAAUGAAGAAACCUAAUAAGAAACUACGGCCGGCCGUGUAUAGUGCUCCAGUGUUGCAGGAUUUGUAUUUGCAGGACAACCGUCUAGAAGAGAUCCCGCCUGAACUGUUCAGUCUGCCCAAUCUGGUCACACUGGACAUCUCGAACAACAAGCUUCGCACGCUACCCUACGAGAUGUGGACCGCGCCGCGACUGAAGGAUCUGAACGCUGCCUUGAACCAUCUGAAGGAUUUACCUCAUAAAGAACAAAAUCAACCGGAUGGUGCGUCGCCGUCGUGCCUGCUGUCUCCCUCCGACUCGUCGUCUCAGCUCAGUGCGUCCCCCUCUAUCGGACAAAUGACGCAAUUCUCGUUCAACAACUCUCUAUCAAAGUCCUCAUCCCGAAGUCCGUCCAUAGAGCGCAGCGUGUCGGAGGCAACUGUCGAUGAAGAUGAUGAUGAUGAAGACAACAGAUCCGUGAUAGUGCCCGCCAACAGGGCUGGGAAUGCUACCUGGACAGAAUCAAAGCGCGUGCACACUUGGCGAGGUAUAGUCGAGCCGGCAGACCGCGGCGCCGCAGCGCCCGGGGGCUCCCCGCUGACGUCACUCAACCUGUCUCACAACCAAUUCACUCGUGUCUCACCCGUGUUGGCCUGUGCCGCGCCCGCGUUGAAUACGCUGAAUAUGGCGUAUAAUUCACUUAGAUCUAUGUCCUACGUGACGUCAUAUCCAACGAGCUUGAGACAACUCGAUCUCAGUCAUAACGAGAUAACCUGCUGGCCCAGCUUACCGCAACUGGAAAACUUCAGUUCUGCGGAAGGGGAUCCUUUAGCCUGCUACUGCCGCACACCAGCCGUCUCUGCAUCAUCAGGCGCCGUGCGGCCGCGCUCCGGUUGCGUCCGGGAGCAGCUGCUGAGCGCGGCGUGUCCCGCGCGCCGGCAUCUCACGCUUGAGGGGUUAAGGACUUUGAUCCUAGCCAACAACAUGCUAUCCCGCAUCCAGCUGACAACGGAUGAUGACGGUCACAUCUCCGAGUCUACUGAUGACUCCGCGGCUGAUGAAGAUGAUGAGUGGAACACCGGAUCCAGCCUCAAAGGCCGGCUGCUCUUCCCCCUGCUAUCCAUGCUGGAUGUCUCCAGCAACAUGUUGCGAAGUAUACCGCCCUCCAUACACGUGCUUACCAACCUCGCCGUGUUGAAUAUUAGCGGGAAUAAAGAUAUAACGGAUCUGCCGCCGCAAAUGGGCCUGCUGUCGCGACUGUGGAACCUCAACACUGUCGGCUGUUCACUGCAGGAGCCACUCAGGUCCAUGGUCCAGUCCGGUAAAUACAGAAGCAUGGACAUAGUCGGCUACCUCAAGUCGGUGCUGCAAGAAGCUCGUCCGUACUCCACUUGCAAGCUCAUGAUUGUGGGACUGCAGGGUAUCGGUAAAACUAGUCUGCUAGAAUGCUUACGACAGGAAUCCGCUAUCGUGCACAGAAGAAAACCAACGGAGCACUGGGCUAAACGCAUGGGCAACAAGGCUGCUCGCCGCGGCAACAUGUCCACGGUGGGGGUGGAUAUAGGCACCUGGAUCUAUGAGAAGAGUCGCUCUAAUCGACCCCCAGUCACGUUCAGGACUUGGGACUUUGGAGGGCAGCAAGAAUACUACGCUACACAUCAGUACUUUUUGUCUCGUCGGUCCAUAUACUUGGUUGUGUGGAAAGUGACAGAUGGAAAGGCGGGACUGGCUGGUGCUAUACAGUGGCUUAGAUCAAUACAAGCCCGGGCGCCCGGCUCUCCGGUUAUAAUGGUGGCCACACACUACGAUCAAGUGUCUAAUAGUACUCUCCCAGAGAGCGAGAGUCCGGAAGCGCUGCAGCGGCUCAUCAGAUCCUCGAUCAUGGGGGCGCCCGACGCCGACAAGAUGGGUCUCCCACGGGUCAUGGACUCUGUUGAGGUUUCUUGCAGCACCCGCCACAAUAUACGACUGUUGGCUGAUAUAAUCUACACCAUCGCUUACAGUGUGAAGCCACCAGGCAGCAAAGAGCCUAUGCUCGAGCAACGCGUGCCCUGCACGUACCUGGCUCUGGAGGAGUGCGUGGCGCACCUCGCCGCCGAGUUGCCCGAGCCCGUGUUGAAGCACCACGACUACAAGAGACUGGUAACACAAUACAUGCAACAGAAGGGGAUGCGCCUGUUCCGUGACUCUGCUGAGCUGCAUCAGGCCACCAUGUUUCUACAUGAAAACGGUGUAUUACUCCACUACGACGACGCGACACUAAAGGAACUCUACUUUCUCCGGCCGCAGUGGCUGUGCGACGUGCUGGCGCAUGUCGUCACCGUGCGCGAGAUCAACCCCUUCGCUAGCAACGGUAUAAUGAAAAUAGACGACCUCCCACAUGUCUUCAAAGCCAGCCCCCAGCUAGGCGGCGGCGAGGAGGCGCAUUCUUUGGGAGUGUCAUUGCUGAACAAGUUCGAAUUGGCUCUGUCGUGGGAUAGCCGGACCCUGGUGGUGCCGCCGUUAUUGCCGCAAGCUGAGCCUGCUGAGCCACAACUCCCGCUCAGGACUCGAACCUGGUCAUCCAGCAACCGUGGGACGCCGCGACGCGCCUUCUCAACUACUCUGUCAACUGCUGACAGUGGACUGCACGGGACCGAGUCUCCUAGCUUGAUCUUGGAAGACCACCCGCAAAUCACCAUCACGGGUCGCUGUAGCGGCCGCUCUCUGCGCCGGCUGCUCCUCCUGUCUUACAUCCCCCGAGGGUUCUGGGCGCGGCUGGUGACGCGGCUGCUGCAGCAUCAGAGCGUGGCUAACCAGGCCUACCCUCCACAGAAUGAUAUGGAGCUAGACGAAGCCACCACGGCAGCUCUAGAACUCCAAUGGGGCUGGAAGCUGUGGCAGACGGGCAUGAAGCUGGUCUCCGGCGCGCUGACACUCGUCAGCAUCAGACAGGUGACGCCGGAGAGGGACCAGUUGCUGCCGGGGCAGGCGACGGAUGUCGAUGGUGGUUAUAGUCAUGUGCAAUUCCGCGUCCAACAAGACGGCGCGUGGACGGAGCUGAGUGCGGGGGACUCGGCGUGUAUCGAGAUUGAACUGCCGGCCGAGGUGUGCGUCGCGCGCCGCAUCGACGGACUGCCGCUGUCUGGGUACCAGAGUAUCAGUGUGGAGCCGAACCCCGAAGUUCUGACGAAGCUGCUCGCUCUGUUCACUGACCAUGUGGACUUGUUGUUAGAAGACUGGUAUCCUUCAUUAGGCACCCGCUUCGUCCACACAUCCGAGGGUCGCUGCCUCAUCACCCGCCUCGUGCCGUGCCCCGCGUGCCUGCGCGCCCCCGCGCCCGCGCCGCCCCCGCACCACCUGUUGCCGCAGGGUCGCUGCCUCAUCACGCGCCUGGUCCCGUGCCCCGCGUGCCUGCGCGCCCCCGCGCCCGCGCCGCCCCCGCACCACCUGUUGCCACAGGCGCUGAAACGUUUGGAGCUCAAUAACGGGGAAGAGCGCCGCAGGGUGCGGGUUUCAGAGGAGUCCCGCGCUUCGGACGGAGACAGCGGGGUGGGAGGCGAGUCUAAUGGCUCAUCCCUAGCCGGCUCAGUCGACCGGCCUCCCCGAGAGGGUGUCUACGUGACCGCAUGGACGCAAGAACGCUGCAUGCUGGCCGCUUGUACCGGCUUGACCCUAACCUGUGGGACCCACGGGAAUGUGCGCCUUAGCGAUGUCGCUCCAGAUACUCUAUUCCUCGACGUAGAAGAAUCAAUGCGCGCGCGCUGGGACGACAUCACGGUGGGCGGCGUGGCGGGGCGCGGCGCCUUCGGGACCGUGUACCGCGGCAAGUGGCGCGGCCAGGCGGUCGCCGUCAAGGCGCUGCAGCCCAUACCAGGGUCUAAGCAGGGGGGGAAACAUAUGGUAAGUUAGGGGGCAGCAGCGUCACGGUGGGAGCGUGACCCCGCCUCGGGCGCUUGCCGCGCCUACUGCGCCCUAAGACAGGAACUCGGAGUCCUACGGGCGCUGCGCCACGCCGGAGUGGUGCCGCUGCGGGCCGUGUGCGCCGCGCCGCUGGCUCUGCUGACCCCGCUCGCGCCUAUGGGAGCCCUAGACGGCGUGCUCCUCCAAUACCGGAGCGUGGGGAGCCGAGUGGGCGCGCGCGCGGGGCGCCGCCUCGUGCUACAGGUGGCUCGGGCUAUCGAGUAUCUGCAUGCUUCGAGGACUGUGUAUAGGGAUCUUAAGUCCGAGAACGUCCUGGUGUGGGCGAUGCCGACGCCGCAGGAGGCCGCGGCCGCCGAGCUCAGCCCCAACCCCGUCAACGUGCACAUCAAACUGGGCGACUACGGUAUAAGCCGCAUCGCGCCGCCGUCGGGCACAAAGGGCUUCGGAGGGACCGAAGGGUUCAUGGCGCCCGAGAUCAUGCGCUACAACGGGGAAGAGGAGUAUAAUGAGAAGGUGGACUGCUUCUCAUUCGGCAUGCUUCUGUACGAGGUGCUGACGCUCCGACAGCCCUUCGAGGGACACGAGGCGGUGAAGGAGGCCGUGCUCGACGGCGCUCGGCCCGCGCUCAAUGCACGGGACCUCCAAUCCCCAAUCUCGUUCCUAGCCCUCAUGCGCCAGUGCUGGAGCGGCCGGCCGUCCGCCCGCCCCUCCGCCGCCGCCCUAGUGUCCGUAGCCGCCGCCCCAGAGAUGCCCGCCCUACAGGAUGCCGCCGCUACUAGGGCUAGCCAGGGGUGGCUCGCUUUUGAGACCAUCCAUCCCGAGACAGGCGACACGGGGUGGGAGACGUGGGGCGCGGGGGACGCGGGCCGCGUGCACACUGUCACCGCCACGCAUGCGCACUUCGACACGCAGUAUACUGUCACUAUGCCGCUAGAAGAGACAAUCCACCCCUCGUCGGGCGACACGGGGUGGGAGGCGUGGGGCGCGGGGGACGCGGGCCGCGUGCACACUGUCACCGCCACGCAUGCGCACUUCGACACGCAGUAUACUGUCACUAUGCCGCUAGACAAUGACAAGCCGGUGUCGGUGGCGUCCAUGUGUCGCGUCGGCUCUAAAGUGUGGAUCGGGGACUCUUCAGGACGACUCUCUGUGUAUUCAUCAUCAACCUGCACCCUUCAAUGGACGGUGAGAGUUCAAGACCUGGUCGGGGGCUCCCCGGCCGCCGUGAGCGCGCUGGCGCCGCUGCCGCAGCUGGGCCGCGUCGCCGUGGCGUUAGAAUGUGGCAGACUAUUCCUGGUGACGUCAUCCCGGCCUCAAGUGGAGGGCAGCUUCGUGGUGACGGAGCUGGGGGCCGCCACCGAGCUGACCUGCCUCGCCGCCGUCGCCAGCCCCACCGGUUACGAAGUGUUCGCUGGAGGCUCGGGCCUCGACUGCUACUCGGUGCGCGCGGGCGGCGUGUCGGCGGCCGCCAGUCUGCCGGCGCCGGGCCGCGUCACGAGCCUCGCCGCCGCGCCCACCGCGCCCACGCUGCUGUUUGUUAGUGAGCCUGCCUGUGUAGUGUACGGCUGGUGCCUCCGCCGCGGCACCAUCGCGUCCCGCCUGGACUGCAGCAAGCUGGCGCCCUGCUCCGAGAGCCUGCAGUCCAUCGCACUGGACGAUACCAUGAGCGAACUGAGUCAUACGGUGACAGCACUCCAAGCGAUGCGUUCAGAGAUCUACAUCGGCACGGCGUGGGGCUGCGUGGUGGUGGCGGAGGCGGCCACGCUGCGCCCCAUCACUGUGUUCCGACCGCACGAGGGACCGAUCCGCUCGAUAAUCCCACUCCACCCUCACAAGCAGUCCGAAGUGCCGAUGAUAAUGACGAUAGGAACUGGCUACCGGCCGCUGCUUCAGAGAUUCGUUCCCCAGGCGCAGAAUACAAGCAACGCGACCAACACCGCGACUGGCUCUUAUUGCCUUCUCUGGAGAGCUCUGAAUUGGAUGGCUGAGUGAAUUACUGGGCCGGACCGGUUGGAAACCAAACGGUAUCAAACUACCAAACAUUUAUGUUGAAAUGCCAAAGAGAUUUAGCUUGAAAACAUAGCUCUCUGUAUUUGCAGGCUCUUUAAAUGCAAUACAUUGCGUCAAGCUUGCCUUCACGUCAUUUAAGACAAAACUGUUUUGUUUUUCAAAAGCGUUCAGCAGUAGCGUUUACUCAAUGAAUCUCAUACAAAAUGCCCCUCAUUAAUAAUUUUAUUGCUACACAAAUUGUAAGACAGAUAUUUGUACUGAAGUCUUGGGUGUUAGGUAAUAUUAUUAUGUAUCGAUGUAUGGUGUAGAUGUAUCAGUUGUCCUGCACCCAUAUUACAGGCUUUGUCUAGUUUAGGGUCGGAUGGCCGUGUUUGUGAUGUCCCCACAUAGUAUCAAAGUAAACUAAAAAAGCACCUAUUGAUUAUUAUUCCUGGGAUGAGGUUAACAGAAUAAAAAUAAAAAAAUUGUUAUCGUCUUCGAUUAGAUCUAAAAAAUUUAAGGAUACUGAAAUAAAUUAAAUAUACCGUCCUAUUUGGGAUAUUAAAUUAUAUGCGAAAUGCAUUAAAUAUUUAGUAAAAAUCUAUCCUACAAGGUUAAGUAUUCAUAAGCUUUAAAUUUUCGUUCCAUGACACAAUUCGAACUCUGUUUUUUUAUUAGCAUUUAAGAAAAGAUAUUCCUUCUGGCAUUUAUCUGUGUUCUUAGUAGGCAAAUUAAAAUAGAGUGAGCGCAAAACUAGCAAAUUGUGAACAUUCGAAAGUAGACCGGUGGUAGCUCAGUCGGGUAAGCGCCCGGUUCUCACGCCAGAGAUGUGGGUUCGAAUCCCGGCGCUGACAUGUACCUACCAAUUAGUUCUUUGAAUUUAAGUACAAUGUAUACCAUCGCUCUUACGGUGAAGGAAAACAUCGUGAGGAAACCUGCAUAUGCGGAGGUGAACUGUUUGCUUACUGGCAACGCAACGCAGCCUUAAAUAUAUCUUCAUAAGUUUGUGAUCUUCGUAUUUGAUUUGUGCGUGUGUGUUUUUUAAUGGCAGUUUAUUUAUUUCUACGGCCCAAUCUGCCUUCUGUAUAUGAUUUAAAGAUAUUUCUACCACUAAUAGAAUACUCAAUUAAGUUUUUGGUGCUGUUAAAACCUAAAUUUGUUUGUAGUUAUAACAAAAUGCCUUUAUCGGUAAAGCAAAUAAAAGCAUUUUCGUUUGCCGAAUUUCUAGCUGUCUGCUGUAAAAAUAUUAUUAUAUAUUCAGUAACAGCUACAUUUAUCUAUUUUAUACGAGAAUUUAAGAUAACCGAUCAUCUACUACUAGUGCUGGUUGUAAAACUUAUGCAAAACGUUUUCUCUUAUACAAAGUGUUUUUUAAUCUGAGAUACCUACUAAAUUGAGCGAUUCUAAACGUUCAUCAACAGUCGAUUGUCCCGCGAUUAAGUGACGUAUAUUGUACUAUUGGCGGGAGAAUCGACAGUUGAUGAACCAUUCAGAAUCUGUCAAUUUAGUAUCUGAGAUUAAAAAACUGACUUUAGUAUUAUGUAUUUACUAUUUGGCUGCACUCAUAGAACUAAAUGUCAGAUAGUGUGAUAGGGAAGGUGAGUUAAUUUUGCUUCAAGACCUCAGUGGUGGCUCGGACUCUAGUAUAAAUCGUAUUUUAUUUUUUUUAAUUAAACAACCUGCGGCCGAUACACGGGUUCGCUAUCGACGUCGAUAAACUCGUUUAAAGCGCGUUCUACCAAUCACAGUAUUUAUGGCGAAUUGCGAUAUAGUUACGUUUAUCUACAUCGAAAACGGACGUGUGUAGCUGUAUUAUAUGAAUGGUUAUAAAUAUUCUGCAAAGAUGAAAGAAUGAUAUAAGUACCUAGCUUUAGUAACAUGUGUACCUAAAUAAGUUAUACUUACUACUGUACGUACAGAAUGUUUGCCAAUACCAAAGAUUUUUAAAAUUAACUUAUGAAGUUAAAUAAAUACCUUUAUCCACUUA